UACAAAAUGUAACAAAAGAGUUCGUGUUGUUUUUUGCGAGAUGCUGCGUUCAGCAGGAUUUAUUUGAUAAUCUUAAUGAUAUGUAAUAAAUUAAGUCAAUUUGUGUUAUAUCAAAUGAAACGAUCAGCAAUGAAAUCUAACAUUGCUAUGCAACCUAGGUGUCGGCCUGAAGGUAGGCUCUUUCCAAGGCGAAAAGUUGCAGCCAAGGCGUCUUUUCUAAAUGGCGUAGGAGAUUUUGAUAUGGAAUUAUCACUCGCAAUAAAAGAAAGCUUAAAAUAUGUUCAACAUGAAAAGCAAGAGGUGCCCAAAGAAAACGGAUACGUUACAAAUGACUCAUGUAAAAGUGAUAAUGAACACGAUACUACAAUCGAAGUCGCUAACAGUUCGGAUACACAACGAACUAACAAAGCAGUCAAUACUGUCAAUAGCAAGCCGAUUAAUGCUGCUAUGGCUGCGCCUUCCGCGGACUGUGUCACUGAGGAAGUGGGUCGCUUGAAAGAUUUGGUUCUGAGUCAAGCAGAACUAAUACAGUGUCAACAGGAGGAGAUUUCUAAGAAAGAAAAGGAAUUAAAAUCACUUCGUGCUGCUAAUGAUGCGUUACAAUGCCGAUUGGAACGCAUGGAGCGGCGUAUGUCAAUCCUGAAACACAAGGAAGAAUCACAUGAUGUUAUUGGGACAAAAUCUGAAACACUACCAUUCAGAACAACAACAAAUUUACAAUCCUCUCCACAUAAAAGCCAAAAUGAAAUGUUGAAAUUAGAAUACAGAAAAAGACGAAGGCACAAAAUAUAUUUUAGCCACAAGAAAACUCAUAAGAGACAAAGACUCCUGCAAUCUCAUGCUAGUUUCAAGGAUAUGUCUUUAAAUAAUGAAAAUGAAGAAAGUGAAGAAGUAGAGGAUGAAAGAGAAAAGUAUUCUAAUUCUGAGUCGGAAGGGGAACAGGGAAAUAACAGUGCAAAUGAAUCAGUCAUCUCAGGAAGUAGAAAAGAAGAAAAUGGUGCUAGACCAAAUGAGGAAGUAGAGGAAUUAAAGGAAAUAAAAACAAUAGACUAUCCCAUAAUGCAGACAGAGUCACUGUAUCAUCUUUAUUACCCACGCCAUGUAUUUCCAAGUCCUGAUGUUAAGAAACUGAUGGAACAAACUGAAGUUGAGACACCAACAUGGCGCCUUAAACCUGUGACUAACAUGUAUCAGUUGGAAGGAACAGAGAAUAUUACAGAUGAAGCAUACAACAAACGUCAUCAAAAAUUUGAAAUGGAAGAAAAGAGAAGAAAAAGAUGGGACCUUCAGAGACUAAGGGAACUUCGUGUUUUAGAAAAAUUACAAAGACAAAGAGAAGAUGAAAUAAGAGCAAGCCAAGAUGAAGCAGAUGUGGAGACAUUUUUACCUUCAGUUCAUGACUUGAAUCAUAUUGAAAUAACUCAAUAUUUACCUGUCAUGGCUUUUGGUCAACCAGUGCCCUAUGUUUCGCCAGCUGAAUUUGAAAUCCCUUGGGAAAUGAGCAGCUCUGGACAAGUAGUGCCAGUAAAUCGACAGAAAGCUAGCAAUGUGCCAUUGAAAAAGCACUGACUAUCUUCUUUAGCUAACUUGGUACAGAACUGCCGUUUUUUUUUGGCCAAAACUUUUUCCAGGUCUAAAUCUAUCCCUCCUACGGGUAUGAAUUCAUAAGAUGGCUGUAUGCACUAAUAUCUAAACAAAAAAAAGUUGUGGCUCAAGACAGGCUGCCGGACAUUUUUUCUCUUGAUUUGUUGAAAAACUGUUUUAAGUUGUCACUGUCAGGUCGUAAUGUAAUGUGUUGUUUACAAAUUGUAAUUUUAUUAUGUAAAUUUGUCAUCUUUUGAACUCAAUGUACAUAUAUCAUGUUCAGGAGAGAACAUAAUGUACAUAAAUUUUAAAUUUCUCGCAUACACACACACAAAAUUUCUUCAAAAUGUAAUUCUGUAGAUCUUUUUUUGGGUUAAGUUAUACUAAAAAUGUUUUGUAUAACUCUACAAUAUAUUAUAUAUUCUUUCUUCUUAUUCUAUAUCUUUAAAGUAUGUUUAACCUGUUUGCUGAAAAAUGAUUAUUAAACUAUGUGCAAAAUGAUUUAAAAUGUAUUUUUGUAUACAUUUAUUUUAUAUUGUUUGAUUUGUUGUUAAAAAUGUGUUAGAAACACUGAAGGAGUUUCAUUUUUCUUUUUCCUUAUUUUAUAUAUUGUAAUGGUUCAUUGAGACCCCUGAUUAACAACUGUUUCACUGUGAAGAAGUCCAGGUAAGACUUAUAAGUUCAUGUAAUUAAUACAUUUAAUACCCUUACAAAUAUCUACUUGUCAGAUAGGCCUCAAUGUAAGAAUCAGUUAAUGAUACAAGGAGCUAUGUAUAAAUGUUACCUAAUCAAUUUUCAUUUAUACAAGUGUAAAUGUGUUAAUUUACAAUUUUUUUAAACAUUAUUAUAAAAGUAAAUUGAUUUAUUAAAAAGGACAAAAAAAUAAAUCAUGACUGUAACCAGAACAAAAUUGAAUUGUUUAAUAGAUAAAGCUGUAGAAUCUAUUUCAUAUAAUAUAUUUAUACAUAUAGCUGCAAAGUCUAAGUAAUACAAUCCUUCAGUAUUUUGUCCUAGCACUUCUUUUAAAUUUAUAGGACAAAUUAUUUCCAAUUGAAAUAUAUAUAAAGUUAAAACUUUACUCCGCCUGCAGCUGUGGCUGAAAUUUGUGCCAUCUUUCAUUCUUACUUAACCAUGAUGCUAUUGUAAUGUAGUUUGUUAAUAUUGUCUACCAAAACAUGUAAAUAUCUUCCUAGGCAAAGAUAUUAGUUUGACUUUUCUUACUGUUACUGGUACACUUUUGUUUGGUCUCAAAAUGCAUAUUUAUCUUUGAACAACUAUGAAAAUCUAAAUAGCUACAAGUCUAUCUGCACAACUACAGUUAUCAAUAAUACUAUAUUUAAAAGAUGGCUUUUUAAAAAUUAAUAUUAAUUAAACCUCUCCACAAUGUGAACUAAAUAAUUCUUAUACCACAGCUGUAUUCAUGAAAGUAAAAUGUCUACAUUUUUUUAAACUAGAUCUAAUUGUGGACUAAAAAAAGAAUAAUUUUUAAACAGUUUUGUCCAAAUAUAUAUAUAUAUAUGAACAUGGCUCCAGCAUCCUUACCUAUAAUGAAAAAAGAUGAUGUAAUAUAUUAAAUAUUUGUAUGUUCUGUUUUUCUGUAAUAGUGUGUAUAUAUAUUAUAUAUAUAUUAACACUACAACAAAGAUUAUUGUACAAAAAUUAAGUUGCUGUUAAUUAAAUAGACUUGUUGUAGAUUUGUUGAUUGAAUAGUUUAUGUAUUAAAAAAAAUGACACUUUUAAAAGGCUUUUUUUUUUUUAUUAUUAAGGGUAAAAAAAAAAUGAAUGCAAAUUCUAACCUAGAGCUAAAUGCUUAUAAUCAUUUACCUUUACAUCAUCUGCCCUAUAGACUACAAGUUCUGAAAGGGGAACUUACUUUUUUACUUUGAAUUGAGCAGAAUUCUUUUAACAUACUGUAUUGAAUAAAUUGUUAAUAGUUAACUCCUACCCCCUUUUUAAAAUUAUUUUUGUACUUCAGGUUUACUUUCAGAUAUCACCUUAUGAGUGACUUCCAUGUUUCUAUUUGGUAAUUAAAGAACAUAUCAACCUGUUA